AUGUCCGAAGUGGAGAAUAAUCUGGUGCAACUGCGUGCCCGCUUACAGGAACGCGGCGUCAAGUUGUGGGAGUCGCCGUAUUAUGUGGAAAAUGUGGGCAGCAGUGACUCGGCUGUGGAGGUGCUCGCCCAGGAAUUGAGUCGCGAGAUGCAUAUAACUGCGGCGAGCUGUAAGAACACACUGCUGGAGCUGCAGCAGCACGCACUGCGAAAGUUGAGCGCUCGCCGCGAGUUCAACGAGACGGGCCUGGCCACCUUCCAUGUGCGCUGCGUGGACAGCCAGGGAGGCACAGUGCAUACGCUGGAGGUGAAGUGUAAGCUUGCCGAGCUGGGCGCCAUGCUGCAGCGCAAAAUUGCCAAUGAACUGCAGUUGAGUGAGGCGGAUCAUGUGAAGUGCAUAUCGGCGGGCAGAAUGGUGUCGCCACAGGCGACGUUGCAAUCACAGGGCUUGAAGAACAAUCAGCAGCUGCUCGUGAUUGUGGGUCAGGCGGACGCCCAGGGCGAGGCGCUGUAUGAGCGCAUACGGCAGAUACAGCGCGAUGUCGAAUUGGUUAUCGAUUCGGAUCAUCAUUUUGUCGAUCUGGAGGAUCAAGAUGGCAAUGCCAUGUUUUUGCCGCCGCACGAGAAUCGUGCUCUCCUCCUGGGCAUGGCGCUGGGCGAAAAGGCGCGCGCUGCCAUGCGGCGGGAGCAUUACGAUGAGGCGCUGCUGCUCUUCCUGGAGGCGGACGAGAAGUUCAACAAUUGUGACUCCAAGUUUCUGGAAUGCGUGGACAACUAUGCGCUGCUCAACCUGGAUAUUGUGUGGUGCUAUUUGUGCCUGAAGAACAUAACUCAGCUGCCGGAUGCCCAGCGGCGGCUCGAUGUCUGCGAGCGGAUUCUGCAGCGCAGCUACGGUCCGAACUUUAGUCGCUUGUACGCCCUGAAGGGUUCGAAUUGUCCGGAGCGUGCGAUUAUUGUGCGGCUGCAGCUGCUCCAGGGCGUCAUCUUUUUUCAUUCCAAUCGUCGUGAUGAGGCGCGGGCGCGCCUGCAAACUGCAGCCACAGCUCUGGGCGAGCUGAAGGUAAGUAGCGAACAGUUGGCGCUGCUAAUGGAAAUGGGCUUCGAUGCCUCAGCGGCGCGCUUGGCUCUGCGCUCCAGCAAUGGCAACGUGGAGCAGGCCGUGCAGUUUAUCCAGCAGCGCAGGCUAAGCGUGCAGCAGGCGCGUCUCAACUCAGACUCGGAACGCAAGCUGAGCCGUCGACUGGCCCAGCUGCAGGUGGGAAGCGAUGACAGCGAUUGGGUGCAUCCGCGCAGCGUGUGUCGCCUAAUGGAACUGGGCUAUGAGCGUUCGGUCGUUGUGGAAGCGCUGCGUCGCACUGGCAACGAUGUAACCAAGAGUCUGGACCUCCUCCAAUCGCAUUCGGAAGAGCUGCGUCGCAAUCUGCCCGCCACCCAGGCAGCCGAUGAGCAAAUGCUCUACACUCUACGCGAGCUUGGCUUCAGGUUGUCCGCGGCUCGGGCCGCUCUAGAAACUACUAGUAACAAUCUAGACAGUGCCAUAGACUUUCUGCUCAAGAGUUUUGCCACCGAGGAGGAGCUGAACAGCGUCAUAGAGCACAUGGCCACAUUGACCGCUCAGGCAGCUAACACAGCUGCGGCAGCUGCCAAUGAUGCAUCUUCUGCUGCCUCAGCGUCUUCCACUUCAGUCUCGCGAUUAUCAGCGCUGACGCCCAGCAAGCUGGCGCUGGUCAAAUCCGUGCUGGGCAAGGCCAAAACGGAAAUCGAAUCGUAUAGCGCCUACAAGCGCUUCAAUGAGGAUAUUCCCGACAUCGAUCAAGACUAUUUGGACUUACCUUUGGAGCAGGAGGAGCAAAUACUUAACGAAUACCGACAGCUAUUGGAUCAUUAA